CGGCAUAUUCAUUGGAGUCUUGCUUGAGUUCUCCCUUCGUAUCCCAUUUUUUAUGUGAUUCUUACUAAACCCAUAUAACCAAUAUAGUUCUUGAUCGAUCUAUUAAUUUUACACAUUUUGAUCUGGGCUUGUGAUUCUACUAAUUUGAUUCAGAAUGUUUGGGAGGGCUCCGAAAAAAAGUGAUAAUACCAAGUACUAUGAAAUUCUUGGGGUGCCCAACACUGCGUCACAGGAUGAUUUAAAGAAGGCUUACAAGAAAGCUGCUAUCAAGAAUCAUCCUGAUAAGGGGGGUGACCCUGAAAAGUUUAAGGAGCUUGCGCAUGCUUAUGAGGUUCUGAGUGAUCCUGAAAAACGCGAGAUCUACGAUCAAUAUGGUGAAGAUGCACUCAAGGAAGGGAUGGGUGGCGGCAGUGGCAUGCAUGACCCAUUUGACAUCUUCCAAUCCUUCUUUGGUGGAAGUCCAUUUGGAGGUGGUGGUAGCAGUAGGGGACGAAGGCAGAGGAGGGGAGAGGAUGCAGCACAUCCAUUAAAGGUCUCUCUUGAGGACCUAUACCUUGGGACCACUAAAAAGAUCCCCUUAUCCCGCAAUGUCCUCUGCUCAAAGUGUAAUGGCAAAGGAUCAAAAUCUGGAGCUUCUAUGAAGUGCUCUGGAUGUCAAGGAACUGGUAUGAAGGUAACUGUUAGGCAACUUGGCCCAGGUAUGCUCCAGCAGUUGCAGCAUCCUUGCAACGAAUGCAAGGGAACAGGAGAGACUAUUAAUGAUAAAGAUCGCUGCUCUCAGUGCAAAGGUGAAAAGGUUGUGCUGGAGAAGAAAGUUUUGGAAGUCCAUGUGGAGAAGGGAAUGCAGAAUGGACAGCAGAUUACAUUCCAUGGAGAAGCUGAUGAAGCACCCGACACAAUCACUGGAGAUGUAGUUGUUGUACUCCAACAGAGGGAACAUCCUAAAUUUAAGAGGAAAGGCGAUGAUCUUUUUGUGGAGCACUCACUGGGUCUUACUGAAGCUUUGUGCGGCUUCCAAUUUAUACUGUCUCACUUGGAUGAUCGGCAUCUUCUUAUCAAAUCACAACCUGGAGAAGUCGUGAAACCUGAUUCGACUAAGGCCAUCAAUGAUGAAGGGAUGCCGAUGCAUGGGAGGCCAUUCAUGAAGGGUAAACUCUACAUUCAUUUCAAAGUGGAUUUCCCUGAAUCUCUAACUCCAGAGCAAGUCAAAGCCUUGGAGGCAGUCCUACCUCCAAAGCCAUCUCUGCAACUGUCAGACAUGGAGCUGGAGGAGUGCGAGGAGACGACAUUGCAAGAUGUUAACAUGGAGGAGGAGAUGCGAAGGAAGCAAGCUCAGCGUCAAGAGGCCUAUGAUGAGGAGGACGAAGAGAUGCAUGGUGGGGCACAGAGGGUGCAAUGUGCACAGCAGUGAUGAUGGCUGAGAGUGACUUAUUAUCAUUACACAAUGCUGAUCAGAUUUAGUCAAAACUAGUGUUUGUUUGCGCCAAGCCCAAGGAGGGCAUAAUAACGCUUUAUAUUUUGAAACUUAAUACUAACUGCUGCUACUUUAUGAGACUGUAGUCCAGGUUACGUAUCGUGAGUUGAUCUUUUGGGAACAAAUCUGAUUUUUGCAGCAAGAAUUCAGUGCUUUGUUUGUCACUAUUGAGCUA